GAACCAAUUCAUAUAAGAAAGAGCGCAACAGUGCUGUGAUCAUACAUAAGAAACGUGUAAAAAGCUGUACGCUUUGAUUUAAUUUAUCACGAAGGAACAUUACUAACAUUUUCAAUAAGAUAUAAGUCCAGUUCAGUUGCUGUAUGAUGGAUAUAUGGCUAUUUAUAUCAACUCUACUGGCCUUAAGUAUCCAUAUUAAAGCAGUUGAAGUUCUACCAUGUCAUUUUUUUGAUUCAAAAAAUAUCAGUGAUGGUCUUCAACAAUCAGACGGAAGUAUAUUAUUUGAAGGCAUUGUCUAUCCCAAAAAUCAAUAUGCAACUGUUGAUUAUGUGUUGGAGAGAACGAACAACAUCACAGCAGACUCGCAUAUUCGGGGCUGCACUUGUAACAUCAAACCAUGUCUUCGGCUCUGUUGUCCAUUGCGCACAUAUCAAACCAGAGAAAAUGGAACCAUCGUUUGUAGUGAGCGUGAUGGUGCUCAGAAUUUUGAAGCUGAAGUUCUGUACGAAAAUAGCAACGAAACAAAACUUCUGACUUUGGAUCAUCAUUUUGCAUACGUUGAAGGUCGUACGUGCAAAUCAAUGUACCUCGAAACUGAAUACCAAAUAACGCAUAAAGGUCAAAUUCAACUCGAUGAAAAUAUUUUAUUAACACAUCAUGAGUACUGCUUGCACAGCAAACUGGACAACGAAACCAACGAGGUAGAUUUGGCUGUGCUGGUGUGUGCAGAUCAAUUCCAAUUUAGCGAACAUGAACCUCGCUACAUAAUUUUAGCUUAUUGUAUGCUAAUAUCGGUGAUGUUCUUAUGCGUAACACUUUUCGUCUACGUUGUUGUGCCAAAAUUGCAAAAUCUGCAAGGCAAAUGCUUGAUUUGUUACUUAGUUUCACUGGCAGUUAGCUACCUAUUAAUGGCGUUCAUUCAUCUUAAUGGGCACAAUUAUGUUCUACCAUAUAUCUGUUAUCCCACCGGAUUUAUCAUGCUCUUCUCCUUUCUGGCGGCCUUCUUUUGGUUGAAUGUCAUGAAUUUCGACUUAUGGUUGCAUUUUCGAUCCAAAAGCAAAUUCAAACAACUUGCGGAACGGAAACAAUUCAACUUAUAUUCGACUUAUGGAUUUGGAAUUCCCGUCAUUUUUACGGCGUUGGUUUUUAUUCUUGAUAAUUUCGUUACACUACCAUAUAAUUUGCGACCUGGCAUCGGAGACAGCAGUUGCUUUUUGACCAAUAUGUUUUUGUAUUUUUAUCUUCCAAUCGGUUUCAUAUUCAUGAUCAAUAUUGGAUUUUUUGUCAUGAUUGCAUUACAAAUUCGACACUUACAAAACGAUUUGAAUGGCGGCGAUAAGAGCACUCCAAAAUGCCGACAAACUUUACAAAGUAAAAGAGAAAAAUAUAUAUUAUUCCUCCGAUUGUUUUUCGUAAUGGGAGUGGUUUGGAGCAUGGAAGUCGUCUCCUAUCUAAUUGAUCCGAAAAGUGAAUUUUUCAUGCUAACCGACAUAUGUAAUACGCUACAAGGAUUGUUUAUUUUUAUAUUGUUUGUGGUGAAUCGUCGUGUAUUUGGCUUACUUAAAGAAAGAUGGCGAAAUUUCCGUGGUCAAACAAAUUCAAUUCGCGAAAAUGAUUUAUCGAGGAGUGCAACUUAUGUCCCAUUGAGUAAAAUCACUUCAACAAAACUAUAAUUAGAAAAAAGUUCAAAACAUUCAAUUAAAUUGAUAAGAAGCGAAGGUUGGAAGGAAUGAAAAAAAUAUAUGUGCCAUUUCGAGAGAGAGUCUGAGUUGGACAGUAACUUCGUGUAAUAAGUUAGAGAGGUCGCAACGGGAUGGAAAAAUCGAAUGGAAAAGGAUGGAAAUUUCGGGUCUAAGUUCCCCGUAUUUUUUUUAAGAAGAUUCAACUGAUACAAAAAGUAAAAAAAAAAUGGUUCUAACAUUAUUUUUUUCUGUUUUUCGCGAGAUUUUCUAAAUAAUUUCCAAAAAACACUCGAUUUCUGGCGCCCAUGAUAUCAAACGUCCGAAAUAUCCAAACACCCGAAGGACUCAGACCGAAUCCCACCCGACCCGAACUUCGUCGGUUCGUGAUCGGGCGGUCGUCGGUCGGAGGCUCGAAUCGGGGACCCGUUGCGACUUCUGAUAACUACACAACGGCUAAAGUACUUAUUUUAAGUUUAUUUUUAUCAAUUUAAACGCUUGAGAAAUGCAGAGAAAUCAUAAAGUGGAUCUUAAUUUUAUAUUUAGUGCAAAAGUUAGAAAAAAACACAAUUGA